AUGAAGAAGAAUUUAUUAUCAGUUUCACAAUUGACAUCUUCUAGAAAUUAUGUGGUGUUUGGACCAGAUGAUGUCAAGGUAUUUAGAAGCUUUUCACUUCAUGGCAAGCCCAUUAUGGAGGGACAAAAAUUAGAGUCUAUCUAUGUAAUGAUUACUGAGUCAGCAUACACAGAUAAGACGAAAAAGAAUGAAACAACUGACUUGUGGCAUGCGCGACUCAGACAUGUUAGCUACCAGAAGUUGAAGAUUAUGAUGGUGAAGUCAAUACUUAAAGGCCUUUCUAAAUUAGAGAUACACGAUGAUAUUAUCUACGCUGGAUGUCAAUAUGGUAAAGCUUAUCAGUUACCAUACAAGGAGUCAGAGUACAAGGCAAAAGAACCCUUAGAGCCCAUCCACUCAAAUGUGUUCGAUCUAGUCAAAGAUACUUCCAUUAGUGUGCAAUAUAUGGUGACUUUCAUCGAUGAUUAUUCAAGGCACAACGAUGUAUCUUUAUGGGUUACAAUAAUGCAAGAAAAAGUUAGAGAUGCUGCAAUCCCACUACCAGCCGAAGAAAAAGUAGUGUUACUUGACUCCAAAGAGCUAGAAGAUAAGCUACAUGAAAAGCUAGAAGAGGAAGAAUAA